AUGGGUGCGGAGAAGCGCAUAAUGCUGCAGUCACUGUCCCUCGAUGGCGCUGGCUUGUUCAUCGAGCAUCGUCGCUGCGACCGGCCUCGGCCAAUCGGAUGGGCGGCGGCGCGGAUUAGUCAGGUGACGGUUCUUGGGCUGAGCAGCCAAUCGCAGCGGUGCUUCGGGCGGCCUCGCAGCGCCUUCUCCGCAGCUACCAUUGCCGAGUCGCUCCGAGCUGCAGCCGCCCGGGCUUUCGGCGGGCGCUCAAACCACGCUGGGCCGCUGCUGGGAGUCUGGGACUCUCGAGGGAGGUUUCACCGGCUGGGCUGUGUGUCGCGCUCCGGGCUUCAGGCGCGCGCCGCCCAGGCUCCUCGAGGUCACCUAAACAAUUAUUAUCAUUGGCCGCCAUGACUCCCCGGGCAGUCGUCGCACAGAGGGCGGAGAGUUUGGCAUGCCGUCUUGGUCUCGACCUCCCUCUAUCUUCGUUGAGUUUCAGGUACCCUCCACAUCGAUUCCACCAGAGCUCCACUCGAGCGCGCGCCAAAAAACUGACCUACAGCAGGACUCCGCUGCUAGAUGAAUGAUGUGUCCCGCAUCGAGCUGCUUGUCAUGGCAAGUACAAGCGUGAUCCCAUCUGCUGGUGACCGCUAACUAUAUUUGGUGGUGUUUCACCUCGCGAGGCAGACUUGCUGCUUUGUUCCAGUCCACUGAGAAGUGUAGAAAGUGAGCGCUACCUUUUUGUUGGUGAGUUCGAGAUCGAUGCCUUUUUGACAGGAUGACUGCGUUGGCAGUGGAAUCUAUGGCCUCCUCCAAUGUUUGGACAUCGCAGCGUACUGCCUAAACCGUAUCGUACAUGUAAACUUGAGUUCAACCAGAUUCUGUUCUCCUUAUGUUCCUUCAAAUCCCAGAUCCAGAUCUCUAUAUGGCCAGUGCCUACGAGAAUCUCAAUCGAUCGUGGGUGAUUGGAAUAAAGCCGGACCCUUCUAACCCACGUGGGUUGAGCACUGAAGGGCGAAAUACAUGAUUCGUCUCUCAAAUUCGAGGAGCCCGUAUACGAUACUUUUCCUUUCUUUUCUUUUUUUCUUUUUUCCCUCAAACACCUUGUGGUCUGGCGAAUGGGAAGUUGUUCCCAUUCGGCUGCAUCUCACAUUAAACAAGGGAUUUGGAUGCAAUCCAAGGGACAGCGAACAAUUCACAUAAACAGCUCAAAAGAGCAAGAGAUCUGACCAUCAGGCAAAUAUUGUAUUUUGAUGGGAUUGAAAAACGCUGCUAAUAGCAGCAUUUACAAC